UGAGACGAGGCGGAAAGAAGUUGAUUGCGCCUUCUCUUUCGCACCUCUCUCUCUCUCUCUCUCUCUCUCUCUCUUCUGUGUAAGAUUUGUUUGUCGACCGUCAUCCGCUGUCCGCUGCUCCAUCGCCGCAAGGCCACACACAAAGCACACCCCUCUCCACGCCAAAGUCCCCAGAAUUGGGGGUUUCUCUAUCUAUCCAUCGAAAUAUGUAAAAAUAUCGAUUACCCAUAUUUACCCACAUAUAUAUUCACAUACGCGUUCUCUAUAAUGGGGAAGAGAAAGCGAAGAUCCUCUGAUCAGGAUAAACCCCCUCCUUCCCCUCCUCCCCCGGAUACCAUUCCGUAUUCCUCUCAAACGGAUUCACUGUCAAAAGAGAAAUCUUCUCACUCAGUUGACAGUAGUACCCUAAAGUCUCUCUCUUCUAUUAUGGAUAGUUCUGGGAAGCCACCAAACACCCACCAUUCACAUCAAAAUCUUAGCCGUGCAAUAUUCUUACGACAGCCACGGCAUUACUUUGGACGCCAAUACUUCCGGCGAAAUUCAGCCAGCAAUGCCGAUGCAUCAUCUUCUCGUGCCAAGGGUAGUCCGGAAGAUGAGAAAUUAUCCAAGUUUGCUAGUCGGUGCGAGGUGGAUUCUGCACGCGCAAUAGAUAACAAGGACAAAGCAUCGUGCAGACAAGGAAAAAUUAGGAACAGUUCCUUGGCCACAGAUGCAGCAUCGCUGGAUGCAGUGAAGAUGGUGUGCGGGAUAUGCGAGAAGCUGUUGAAAAGGAAGCUUUACGUUCUAGAGAACUCGCUCUCUACCGGCGAUUACUCCGUUGUGGCAGUUUUGGUUUGUGGGCACGUCUAUCACGCCGACUGUCUGGAAGAGAGGACGUGCCAUGAAGAUAGAUGGGAUCCGCCUUGUCCCUUGUGUUUAGGCCUGCACCCGCGGGUCGACGAAUCAAGAGUGCAGUAGUGAUUGUAUAUAUGCUUAGUCUAUAGCUAGAACAUGAAUAAAAUAGAUAGCCGGGGGGGCAAAAGUAGUUGAUGUAAUAGAUGGAAAUUUAGGCAUUUUGAGCUUAUCUUGGUACCCCCUUCUGCUAGUUCUUCCUUCCAAGUUUUAGCUUUUGGAGUUCAUACCUAGAUAGUUGUUGUAAUGGUUUGCUUGCUACUUGCUCUACUGGAUUUUGUUAUUGUGCGAACAGCUCCUACAUUUGGAUGGAAAACCAGGUUGAGGGCUGCUAGGAUUUUCUUGAGCUCAAUAUGGCAAAAGCUCUUUUGUUGGUCA